AUGAGGCUGAUUAGAGCCGCAACGUUGGACGAGCCGUCUGGUCUCGUCUUCAAGGACUUCUCACCCGAUGAUAUUAAGCCAUACGCCAUUCUCUCCCACACCUGGGGCGACGACGAAGUCAUCUGGGCAAACUUCGUCGACGGCACGGCGACUCGUAAGAGCUCCUUCGACAAAGUCAGAUACACCUGCACCCAGGCCGUCAAGGAUGGCCUCGACUGGAUCUGGAUCGACUCGUGCUGCAUCGACAAGAGCAGCAGCGCCGAGCUCUCCGAGGCCAUCAACUCCAUGUACGCGUGGUACAAGAACUCGGACGUCUGCUACACCUACCUCUCCGGCGUCUCCGCCGCGGCCGACACCAGCAAGACGGAUGGCGAGUUCGCCCGCUGCAGGUGGUUCACCAGAGGCUGGACGCUGCAGGAGCUGCUGGCCCCCGUGGACCUUGUCUUCUUUUCCCAGGACUGGAUCAAGAUUGGCGAGAAGGCGGCCCUGAGUCGCCCGCUGUCCGUCAUUACCGGGAUAGACGAGGGGAUCCUGACGGGUGCGAGGGCGCUCGAGUCGGCGAGCGUCGCCAGGAGAAUGUCGUGGGCGGCGCACCGGCGCACCACUCGACCCGAGGACGUCGCCUAUUGCCUCAUGGGAGUGUUUGGAGUCAACAUGCCCAUGCUGUAUGGCGAAGGCCAGCGGGCGUUCCUGCGACUACAAGAAGAGAUCAUGAAGCAGUCGGACGACCAGUCACUCCUCGCAUGGGUAGACGUCGACGCCUCCGUCGACGCCUAUCACGGGCUCCUCGCCAAGUCCCCUCUCAACUUUGCCUACUCCAACUCGGUGUUCCCCUAUCAGGACUGGGAGCCCCGGCCGCCGUACCAACUCACAAACCGCGGCCUGUGCAUCGAUCUACCCAUGACGCGCCGCGAGGAGGACUCUGAUAGCAUCUUCGUCGCCGCACUCGACUGCCCGGCGCCCCCCGACUACGAAGACAGCUCUUUCCUCGCCAUCUAUCUCAAGAAGAUCUCUCACGGCGAUCAGCAGUUCGCCCGAGUCCGAGUCAGCCAGUUUGCCAAGGUGCUUGAGCGCGGGGAGCGCCAGACCGUUUACGUGAGGCAAAACUUCAGCGGCAUCGCCGACAGCGAGGGCGUGUUUCCGGAGCACGUUCUGCAGCUGCGUAGAGGGCCGGCGCCCUCGGUAUACAAACUGGACAGGGUCAUCGUGGACACGGGGCAGCAGCGGUACCCGAUCCCCGUCAUAUUGAGUAGCAGAGCGAUUGUGAGGGAGUGGAUUCCUCCGCCGAAGCCUGCAGCCUUUAGGGAUCGGAAAGGCAUAGGCCAGCUCGCUGGUGUCUUGCUCUUCACGCGCAACGACGACGGGGAGCGGCUGCUCGUCAUGCUUGGCUCCAUCGACGGGCUCCGAGUCGGGUUCCAUGCCAUGGAGCUCCAGGCUCCGUACUCCGGCGGCCCCGAGGAGGAGACCGCAGACCUCGAGUUCGAUGCUCUGCAGAACAAUUUCCGCCCCACGCCCGCUGGCCGCGAGCUGCAGCUGAAAUACCACAGGGUGGGCGUCCACGUGGACACGGUCGUCGUCAACGCGACCAAAUUCGUCCUUACGGAUGUAUCCGUGGAGAAGACGGCGAGCUCAAGUAGAGUCGAGGAUGCGGUGCAAGCGAUGGCGAAUGUAUGCGACGCGGCGAUUGGGAGGGGAAAAUUGAACGAGGCGUCCCAGAGGGCUGACCAGAAGCCCAAGACGAAGAAAUCUAUGAUCUGGAAGAGAUUGAUCCCUGGCAAAGUGCCGCAAUGA